AAAUACAUUGUACUACACUGUAUCAGCGAAGGAAACGAAUUUAUUCUUCUCUUGCACUCGUCUGGAGUCAAGACUCUGGAGGAGCCUUAUCCCGAUCCGCAAGAACACGCAAACACCGAUCAAUUAAUUUUCUUUCAUGCUAGAUGGGGAGUGCAUCAGAGUUCGACCCAGCGCUUGCGCUUUCCCACAAAUUCCCUGAUACUACGUACUCUUAUACCGAAAGGGAUGCAGCACUUUAUGCCCUAAGCGUAGGGGUGUGUUUGUCGGACGCUGUUGACGCUGAUGAGCUUAAAUAUGUUUACCAUGAAAAUGGUCAGGAGUCUAUCAAGGUCUUGCCUACGUUUUCUACUCUACUUGUACUUAGAUCUGGGGCGAGUGGUUAUAAUCUCCCAGGCUUGAAAUAUGAUCCACGUCUUCUGCUUCAUGGACAACAAUACAUAGAAUUAUACAAACCACUUCCUUCAAGCUGUCAUAUACACAAUAAAGUAAGCCUUGCCGGAUUACAUGAUAAAGGUAAAGCAGCAAUUUUGGAGAUUGAAACAAAAAGCUACGAGAAAGAAUCUGGUGAUUUAUUGUGCAUGAACAGGACAACUGUCUUUCUACGGGGUUCUGGUGGCUUCUCAAAGUCAUCUAAGCCAUUUUCUUAUACAAACUACCCUGUGAAUCAGAAUCCAGCUGUGAAAAUUCCUGAAAGUAAACCUUUUUCGGUGUUUGAGGAUCGAACCCAACCAUCUCAGGCAUUGCUCUAUAGGCUAUCUGGUGAUUACAAUCCUCUGCAUUCAGAUCCCAUGGUUGCAAAGGUUGCCGGAUUCUCGCGGCCAAUAUUGCAUGGUCUGUGCACAUUAGGAUUUGCAGUUAGGGCAAUCAUCAAAUGCAUAUGCAGAGGAGAUCCAGACUUGGUAAAAAGCAUAGCGGGCAGAUUUCUUCUACAUGUCUACCCUGGUGAAACUCUGGUUACUGAGAUGUGGCUUGAAGGCUCAAGGGUUAUAUUUCGGACUAAGGUGAAAGAGCGAAAGCGGACAGUCCUUUCUGGCUACGUCGAUCUGCGUGGUUUGACUUCGUCACUGUGAAAGAAUUCAAAUUCAUUUACAUGUAGGCUGUAGGUCGAUAAUAUUUGCAGAGGAGAUAAUUUUAAAACGUAAUUAAGUGCGAUAUCGAUGAUUAAAUUUUACAAAAUGGGUAUCUAUGUAGAAUAGUAAGGUGAUAUUUCCCUUCAAAAAAAUAAAAGCACAGUGUUAUUUAGAUAAA